ACAUAAAAUAAGAUCGUUAAUUCCUUUCUGAGAUAUAUGGAGACACAACAAUUACCUUUGAUCUUUAUUUCACUAUUGCUGUUCCUUUCCUUCAUCUUACGUUUAGUUCAUCUAUGGAAGAAAUCAAAAACCUUUAACAAAAAAAGACUGCCUCCAGGACCAUGGAGUCUACCUUUGGUAGGGAACUUGCACCAAUUAAUGAACGGUCGUUUGCCACAUCAUACUUUGAGAAGUCUAUCACAAAGAUAUGGACCGAUCUUUCAUUUACGUUUAGGAGAAUUAUUAGUUGUUGUUGUAUCUUCACCUGAGAUGGCGAAAGAAAUUAUGAAAACCCAAGACCUUCGCUUUGCUAAUAGACCUGAAUUUAUGUUUGGUGAAAUUAUUAUGUACAAUCAUACGGACAUUAUAACUUGUGCAUAUAGUGAUUACUGGAGAAAUAUGCGCAAAGUGUGCACCAUGGAACUUCUAAACGCAAAGAUGGUCAAAUCAUUUAGUUCGAUUCGACAAGCAGAGAUGGAAAGUCUCAUUUCGUCGCUUAAUUCUAUGCCUAAUGACACAUUGAUCAACUUGUCACACAAAAUUUUUUGGUUUACAAGUUCUGUAACUUGUAGAUCGGCUUUUGGAAAAAUAAUACAUGGUCAAGAUAAAUUGAUAAUGUUGAUAAAGGAUGUCACAUCAUUAGCUACAGGAUUUGACUUGGGUGAUUUCUUUCCUUCCCGAAAAUGGGUUCACGAGGUUAGUGGAUUUAAGUCAAAAAUAUUGAAGGUUCACAAAAAAGCUGAUGUAAUUUUGGAGAAUAUCAUUAAUGAGCAUAGGGAAAAUCGAACAAAUGGUAAGAAGGGCAAUGGUGAGUUUGGAGGUGAAGAUUUGAUUGAUGUUCUACUACGAGUCAUGGAGAGUGGAGAAUUGAACACUCCAAUCACAAAUGAGAAUAUCAAAGGAGUUAUUUUUGACAUUUUUAUAGCGGGAUCUGAAACAGCAGCUACAACAAUUCUUUGGGCGUUGGCGGAAAUGAUAAGAAAUCCAAAUGUUAUGGUUAAAGCACAACUUGAAGUUCGAGAAGUCUUAAAUGGAAAGAAAACAUAUGAGGAUACUGAUUUAGAAGAGUUGAAGUAUCUAAAAUUAGUGAUUAAAGAAACAUUAAGGUUACACCCUCCUAUUACUCUAUUACCAAGGCAAUGCAGAGAAGAAACAAAAAUUGACAAAUACACAAUACCCAUCAAAACCAACAUUAUAGUGAAUGCAUGGGCAAUUGGAAGAGAUCCUACAUAUUGGCAUAAUUCAGAAAAUUUUAUACCGGAGAGAUUUGAAAAUAAUUCUAUUGAUUUCAGAGGAAAUCAUUUUGAAUUUGUUCCAUUUGGCGCAGGAAGAAGAAUAUGUCCAGGGUUAUUAUUCGGAUUAGUGAAUGUAGGACAUCCUUUAGCUCAGUUACUUUAUCACUUCGAUUGGAAGACUCCUUAUGGAGUCAAUCCAGACAAUUUAGACAUGACCGAAACAGAUGGAGCAACCGCCAGAAGAAAAGAAAAUCUUUUUUUAAUUGGUACUCCGUUUAAUUUCUCUUAAUAACAUAAUAGACUUGAGAACUAUGUUCCUUGUUUGAAGUACGUAGUUGUACUUUUCACUAAUUGCAGCUUGUUUAUUAACCGGAGAUGGAUAAGAAGAUAGAAAAGUUUAUUUUACAAUAACUACAUAUCUUUACAUGGUAUAUCUAUAUUUAUGCAAGCGUGUGAUUUUGUGAUGAUUGUACUUGAAUUCUCUUUUCCUACUUUGGUGGGUUAUCUCCUUAACUUCGAGUGAUUUUGUUGCAGACUUGAUUGAAUGAUGCAUUGAGAUAACAAAAUAGCUGGAAAUAUAUAUCUGCCUAUAAUACAUAGCCACCACAUCUCUAAAAUUAUCUUGAGAAAAAGAUAGUAUUA